AUGAAGGUUAGAUUCAGGUGUUCUGGUGGGUGGAGUGCAUGGGGAAGGUUGGGAUUGGGUUUUGUGGUGGGAUUUGGUUUGUUAGGAGGGUCGUUGGCCGGGGGUGUCAAGGGAGACGGCACCACAGAGAGCGAGGAGGGAAUUAGACCGCUGAGUUGGGGUCAUGUGAACUUUGUACACACGACAGAUACUCAUGGAUGGCUUCCUGGACACCUGUCGGAGCCGGAUUUCUCGGCGAAUUGGGGUGAUUAUAUCUCGUUUUUGCAGCAUAUGAGAGAGUUGGCUGAUGAGAAGGGCGUUGAUUUGAUCGUGGUUGAUACUGGAGACCGUCAUGAUGGUAAUGGAUUGAGUGAUGCCACGUAUCCAGAUGGCGAGAUUUCACAACAGAUAUUUAGAAAAGCCGAUAUUGAUAUUGUUGCAAUUGGUAAUCAUGAACUGUACAAGUCAGAAGUCACGAGUCAGGAGUACCAUACAAUGAGACCCUAUUAUGGGGAGAAGUAUAUUAGCAGUAAUAUCGAUGUGCUCGAUGAGACUGGUACUGGCGAAUGGUUACCUAUGGGACAGAGAUAUAGACUGUUUCAAACCAAAAACCAGAAUCUGACUGUACUUGCACUUGGAUUCUUGUUCAAUUUCAAGGGCAAUGACUAUAAUAGCAGAGUCAAUAAAGUCCAGGAUGUGAUUAAAGAGGACUGGUUUCAAGAGGUCAUUCGCACCCCGAAUCUGGAUUUAGUUGUUUUGACAGGUCAUGCUCCAGUUCGUUAUUUUGACGAAUUUGAUGCUGUAGUUAAAGAGAUCCGAUCGGUAUGGCCCAAGAUGCCGAUUCAGGCCCUUGGCGGUCAUACCCAUAUCCGAGAUUACAGGAUAUACGAUGAUUAUGCUGUAGGACUUGAAAGUGGUCGGUUUUUAGAGACCAUUGGAUUUGCUAGUGUCAAUCUAAGCAGUGAAGCAAAUGUACAACAGACGGUCCACAGCAGCCAGCUGGAUAAAACCAAUAAACAGAAUGAACAAGAAAGUUCUGAAUCUGGAUUUGGAUCUGGAUUUGAAGAUUCUGUUUCAUCUGGUCCUACGUUCACAAGAAGGUACAUUGAUUUCAACGUGAGAUCACUGUCAACCCAUGCUGAGAAAUCAUUAAAUGAGUUCUAUACAGCUGAAGGAAAUGCUACAACACAGUCAAUCAUCCAGUUCCGUGAACAGCUGAACCUGACUGAUAUCAUCUGCUGUGUACCUCAAACGUACUACACUACACGGGCCAAGUACCCUGGACCCGACAGUUUGUUCACUCUACUAGAAGAGGAGGUGCUUCCCCUGCUUUCGGGAGUAGUAGAACCGUCUCGUGACGACCAUCCUCGAUUCAUUCUCCUCAACACAGGUGCCCUUCGAUUUGACCUUUUCCGGGGUCCUUUCACUGUAGACACUGGAUAUAUUGUCGCACCGUUCAGAAACGAGUGGAUAUACAUACCUUCUAUGCCUAUCAAGAUAGCACGACAGAUCCUGCCUCUCUUAAACCAAGAAGGGUCUAUUCUCUCGACCAACGAGCAUGCCACUGACUUCGAAGAGCUCGAUUUCACUGAAUUAGGACCUCCCGAACAACGGGGUCGCGGGUCUCGAAACAAUCUCUCAUCUUCUCAACAUCGUCAUAACUACGACGAACAGCUUGUUUUCUCGUCUGAACAACAACAACAACAGCAUCGACAAAAGCUCACUGACGGAUACGUCACCCACGACGACCUAGGCAGCGACGGCGACGACACUCCACACAACCCCUGGCCCUUUUACGACAUCCCCAACGUCAUCCAGGCCUCGGACAACAUCGACCGUACCACCACCCACGUCGACCUCAUCUUCUAUGAUUUCAUGAAACCCUUCAUCGUCCACGCCCUCAAAACCCUCCGCCAAGACCAGUACGCCAACAACAUCGUCUACUACGGCGGCAACUCCGUUAUCUCUCUCCUGCCCGAGUUUCUCCUCGGACUCGAAACCGGCACCUCCUGCAUCGUUUAA